UGAGAAAGCAGCUAGGAGUUACUCGAAGUAGCUUUGACAGUUAUUUGUUGACAAAAAAUACGAGCUAGUACAACCAACCCCGAGCAAGUUCGAUCAAAGUCAUUGAACACAGCUAAUUUCUCUCCUAAAUUUUAUCAGCAAUUUUAGUAGCUCUUCCAUUAUUUUAAGCUUGCAACGUAUAUUUUAGCUGAAAAAAUGGCAGACUAUUGGAAGUCCAAUGACCGCAAAUAUUGCGAUUUUUGUCAAUGUUGGAUUGCGGAUAACAAACCGAGUAUUCAAUUCCACGAGAGCGGUCGUCGCCACAAGCAGAAUGUUCAGAAACGGAUCACGGAUAUCAGUCGGAACAGCUACAAGGCCCAGAAGGAGCAAAACAAAGUGGAUGCCGAAAUGCGAAAGAUGAAUGAUGCCGCUAUGAAGGCAUACAUGCAGGACAUAAGCGCUGGGGCAGAUAUCAGUUCCCGGGCUUUGGCCGAACAGCAAAAAGCCGAAGCUGCUGCGGCGGCCGCUGCCGUGGCAGAUGCUGACCCCGCUGCGGGGCCUAGUGUUGGCCCGAGAGCGCCAAAAAAGAAAAUAGGCCGUGAAGCGGAUCCGUUUUAUAUUCCGGGUGAUUUCAGCGACGAAGAGGGCCCUCCGCCAAGUAAAGCAACUGCUGCUGCCAUUGCGGAAGCGGCCAAAAAGAAACGCCUGGAAGAGAUCAGUCAAAUGGGCCACGGAUCGCUUUGGGUUGAGGCGUUGACCGAAGAAGGAUACACUUACUAUUGGCACGUCAAAACCAACGAAUCCGUUUGGGAACCCCCGAAGGAGGGUUUCAUGAAGAAGGAAGAAUAUGAGAAGAUCUCGAUGGUAGUUCUACAGAAGCAAGAGGAAGCAAUCAAGAAGGAAGUGAAGUACGAGGUGGAGAACGCCCAGGAAAUUGCGGCCAAAUUGAAGCGGGAACAGAUGGCAAAAAUGUACGAACAUAAUCGACGGGUGAAGAAAGAAAUUGAAACGAUUGCAGAUCCCAAAAGACAAAAACGGGAAGAGGAAGCAGCUCUCGAGGCGACCGCAGGACCUUACGGAAGGUGGCAAACGGUUGAGCACAGGGAAGAGCAACCAGUUGACUUGGAACUUCCGGCAGUUCCAGAGCCAUUGUACGUUCCGAGUGUGGUACCGGAUGUUCCGGAGCGCAAGUUCAAGGAGAAAACUGUCAGCCACAUUCCGGGCGAUGAGAAGAGCGCCCUCAACGACACGUUCUUCAAGAAGCGGAAAGUGAACCGCAAUGCCAGGCAGCGACUGGAUGUGGAUUGAUGUGCUGAAUGUAGUGAAUAAAAUGACGAUAAUGUAAGUACA